AUGGCGAUUGACAGCCAAACACAAUUUUUCAGUCCAAGUGUUGGGUGGGGGAUUAUCAUCGGUGUCGGAGCAGCCUUUGCGCUAGGCAUGCUUACGCUUUCGUGGUUACUCGCCAAAUACAACAAUGAGAUUCAGGAUUCGGAGAUGCUUUCCACGGCAAAGCGUUCCAUAAAGACGGGAUUAAUUGCAAGUGCAGUCGUUUCUUCGUGGACCAUUGGUUCAACGCUCUUGCUCUCCUGUACAGACACGUACUUGCUUGGUCAUUCUGCUGCUUGGUGGUACGGUGCAGGUGCCUGUGUGCAAAUCAUUAUUUUCGCUGUGGCAGCAAUUGAGCUCAAGCGGAAGGCGCCGAACGCACACACAUUCCAGGAGAUUGUCCGGGUUCGUUACGGCAAGGCAGCCCAUCUGACCAUGUGUGCAUAUUCAUUUGGCCAGCAAUUGUUCUACACUGCCAACCUCUUAGUGAACGGUGCCUCUGUUUUCUCGAAUAUCACCGGGGUAAGCAAGGAGGGCUCGACGGUGUUGCUGCCCUUGUUUGUUAUCAUCUACACGUUGAUCGGAGGUAUCAAGGCGACCUUUUUGACUGACUGGACACACGUGGUGAUCAUCUACGUGAUCAUGCUCAUGUUUUUGUUUAAGGCAUACACGACGUCGCCUUUGAUUGGCUCUCCAGACAAGAUGUACGAUUUGUUGGUCGAAGCCGGGCAGAAGUACCCUGUUAUGGGCAACUGGCAAGGGUCGUUGCUCACGUUCCGGUCGAUCAAUGGGGGUUUGUUUGGAUUGAUUCUCUUUGGGGCUGGGUGGGCCGCUGCGGUGGACUCGCAGUUGUUCCAGAAGGCGAUUGCCGCCAACCCCGCUGCUGCUCUCACAGGUUACACUUUGGGCGGGCUCUGCUGGUUUACGCUUCCUUAUGCCCUAGCCACGACGAUGGGGCUUGCGUGUCGGGCGUUGGAGAUCACGCCCGAGUUCCCAACGUACCCGAACCGGCUAUCGGCGGAGCAGUUGAACUCCGGGUUGGUGUUGCCGAUCUCGGCGUACACGUUGAUGGGCAAGGGCGGGACCGCAGCAGUGCUGGUGAUGGUGUUCAUGGCGUGCACUGCGGCGUACUCGUCGGAGACGGUGGCGGUGUCGUCGUUGUGGACGUAUGACAUCUACAAGGCGUACAUCAACCCGCAGGCGACAGGGAAGCGGUUGGUGAUGGUCACGCACGCCGCGGUGGUGGUGUUCAGUGUAUGUGCGAUUGUGCUUGCGAUCGGGUUGGGCCAGGCGAACUUCGACGUGUCGUUCAUCACGACGUGCAUCGGGAUCAUCGUCAACGUGUGCAUCAUCCCGAUGGGGUGCACGUUGUUCUGGCGGCGGAUGUCUGCGCUGGGGAUGAUUCUCGGGACGACGGUGUCGACGGGGAUCUCCAUUGCCGUGUGGAUCGGGUACGCCAAGGCGCAGUCGGGCACGGUGACGUUGGCGGCGUUGUCCACGUACGAGGCGUUGGCGGCGGGCAACACCGUUGCUGUCGGUGUUCCGGCCAUCGUGGUGCCCAUUGUCGUGUACUUCAAGCCCGCCAACUUCGACUGGAACAAGUGGAAAACCGACAUCCACCAGGACGACAACUCCGAGUUCGACCGGGCCCACGGGCUCACCAACGUCCUCAGCGGCGAGGAGCUGACGGAGCUGGUGCUCGAGAAGGAGCGGGCGGAGGACGCCCUCAUGAUCCGCCGCCGUAACCUCGGCUACGUCAUUGUCGUGGUGUUUGUGCUCUUCUUCCUCAUUCUCUUCCCGAUCCCGCUCUACGGCACCAAGUACAUCUUCUCCAAGACGUUUUUCCGCGGCUACAUUGUUGUGACCUUCCUGUGGGUGUUUUUCUCCGCCGGCGUUGUCACCGUCUACCCCGUGUGGGAGUCCCGCCGGGGGAUCGCCAAUCUUUUCCGCAAGAUCAUCCACGGCGAAACCACCCCGCAGAUGUACAGCGACGACACGCUUUCCCGUGUCCAGACCCUGCGGUCCCGGGCCUCGGCGCCCGACCGCUCUUCCGCCGACGCCGAUGUCGUUGUCAAAAACGACGUCGUUGUCAAGCUCGAGUCGCUAUAG